AUGGGAAAUUACCAAGAUUCGAAUGUUCGACAAGAAUACAAUUUAAAUGCGAUGAAAUUACACGAACGGUACAAAAAUGCGAAAAUCAAAUGCAUAUUUGACGCACAGAGUGGUAAAUUAAUUAAAAUGGAUCAGAGAAAAUUGGAUUCGAUUUUAACAGACCCGGAUUUUUAUUAUCACGGUACAAGUGAGUGUGCUGCAUUUUCUAUCGUAUGCGACGAACUUCGACCGCCAAAAGAAGACGGGCAUAGACGACACAACUUGGGCAACGGUUUGUUCGUUUCCGAUAAUAUCAAUCAUUCAUUCGGUUACGGUUCGUGCGUUUUUAUCUGCUACGUACGAUUUAAAAACACGCUGGAAAUUAAUUUCGAAACGGAUCUUGAUAAAAUGUUCAGUAUGAUCGAUACGGUAUUCGAUAAAUACGAAACGGUGAAAUUCAUCUGUCGUUACGGCCGGCAUUACAUGCCGAAUAAAAAUUCAGACGGCGAAGACAUUCGAGUACAUCAUACAUCGUUUAUUGAUAUGUUCACACCAAAUUUCACCGAAUACCGAAUUAAAACGGUUUCGAGUAUCGUACCAAAGUAUUUGUUUAAAUUCGAUAACGUCGUCGGCAUACGUGACGAAAACCAAAUAAUAGACGCAGUCGAAAACGAAUCGUUUAUAUACCAAACGUUUUGCAUUUAUGAUAAUUCCGAGUAUAUGAAGUAUUACGACGGUCUCGAAGACGAACAGAAAAAAUUUCAAGAACUCAAUCUCGCGAUUAAAUCAAAUAGCUAUUUCUUUGUCCCGUUGUUUUUUUGCGAGGCGCUCGAUUUCCUACGGUCUUCGUACCAUACGGACGUUUAUACUUUACAAGAAAAUUUCAUAUCGAAAAAAGUAAACGAUUACACCGACACUCAAUCGUUGUUAAAUUAUUUCAAAAUGGGUUUAAUGUUCCAUAGUGCUAUGUCGAAUCUCAAAAAUAAAUAUCUAGCAGCGUGUCAUUUAAAAGUUGACGGUACAAAUGAAGAAAUAACUCCAGCUCGGAUAAACCGGCUAUUAUUAUAG